AUGAUUAUUAUUUUAAGACUUAAUUCUUUCGAUAUUAAUAUUUCAAAAGGGAAAACAAAGAAAGGUUUAAAUAUCAAAUUAAGAUUGAAUCCUUUAAAAUUUUGGUAUGCUUGUUUGAAUUAUUCUUUAGAAAUGUUCAUCAAAAUCAGUUAUAUGCCCAACAUGAAGCCACAUACUAGCUUUGAAAAAGAUAUUGUUAAGCACUUCGACAUCAUAGCUUGCAUUGUUAAUAGUCAAGUAAUCCUUUCCACUUGUUGCUUCUCCGAUAUGAAUAAUCAUCGUCUAUACAUAGAUGAACAGAUGUUCAAACAUUUCUACACUUGGUCAUGGAAAAUGAAACGAUAA